AUGUUACCACCAACUGAGGCAAUGUCAAAUAUAGUAAGAUCCAUUAGGAACAAUUGUGUGGUGUUGGACCUGCAUCUACAUUAUAAGCAAUCCAACAAAUUAAGGAACGAAAUAAAACACAUCAAUCUGAUAACCAACGAGCUCUCCAAAAUUUGUAACAUAUUGUACAAUCGACCAACAUUCUCAUCGUUGCCAAGAGAUAUAUCAAAAUCAAAACCAAAACUAGAAUUAGUCUUAGCUUCUUCAAACGUUAAUAUUUUGUCCCGAAUAUUGGCAAGUGUGAAUGGCAUUCAGAUUCGUGACCAGAUAAGCGAUGAAGGAGCUAAUUUACACUCAGAAUUCGAUUCAAAUAUUAUCCCUCCCGAUAAAGUAGAUUUUCGUCUUAAUGAGCUCUAUAAUAGUCUUAAAUCUGGUUGGGCAUCAAAAAAGGGCAUAACUCAAAAUGCGUUAAUAUCUCCUUGGGUCUUUAGUUCUAUCUCACCCAGCAUUCUAGACACGAUUAAUGACUAUGAGGCUCCAAUAAUCACCCUGACUGAUAAUCUGGUUCAAGAUCAGCAUAAAAAUGGAUUGACUGAGACUGGAUUCCUUGAAGGUGAUGAUUUCAACAUUUCAACUACAUUUAUAUCAGGUAAUUCUGAUAUGCAAGAAACAACACUUGGUAACAUUUUAAACUUAUCUUCAACCUUUCAUCGCAGUCUGGGAACUACUUCACCUACACUGAGAGCUUGGUUUCAUGGCAUUAAUAACAUCGAUGUUCAGGAUCCGGAGUCGCUUCAAAAAGAGAAGGAGAAAUUGGAUCUCCUGCUACAUGGAUUUUCAGGACUUUAG